GCCCUGGCCAGACUGCGCCUGCGCGACGCCCGCGGCGCCGGGGCACGGGAAGUGGGCGGGGCCGGCCGGCGCGGCUCGCGGAACGGAGCGCCGGGCGGGCGGCUGAGUGGCAGAGUGAAGCCUGCCUGGAACCCUGGCCACAGGCCCCCGGGAUGCGCUGGGCAUGGCCUCUGGAGCCCCAGAGCAGAGCGGCCAGAUGGCAGAGGAGACCCCCGGCUUCCUGGACGAGUUUCUCCACGACUUCCCGGCCCCGCUGAGCGCGGAGGGCACUUUGCCGUGGAAAGUCCCGGGGACGGUGCUGAGCCCGGAGGAGGUGGAGGGCGAGCUGGCCGAGCUGGCCGUGGGCUUCCUGAGCAGCAGGAACGCCCCGCCGGCCCUGGCUGCAUCGCUGGCCCGCGAAGCCGUUUCCCACCUGCUGCGGACGGACCUCUCCGAGUUCAGGAAGCUGCCCGGGCAGGAGGAGGAGGACGGCGAGGAAGCGGAGGAGGAAAAGGCCCCUGUGACCCUGCUGGAUGCCAAGGGCCUGGCGCUGAGCUGCUUCAACCGGCUCUGGGACGUCUGCAGCCAGUGGCAGAAGCAGGUGCCCCCGGCUGCCCGGGCUCCGCAGCGGCAGCGGCUGGUCUCCGUCCACGCCGUCCGGAACACUCGCCGCAGGAUGGAGGACCGGCACGUGUGCCUUCCUGCCUUCAACCAGCUCUUCGGCCUGACCGACCCCGUGGAUCGCGCCUACUUUGCGGUGUUUGACGGCCACGGUGGAGUGGAUGCCGCGAGAUACGCCGCCGUGCACGUCCAUGCCAACGCCGCCCGCCAGCCGGAGCUGCCCACGCGCCCCGCAGGCGCCCUGAGGGAGGCUUUCCGGCGCACCGACGAGAUGUUCCUCUGGAAGGCCAAGCGAGAGCGACUGCAGAGUGGAACCACGGGCGUGUGUGCACUCAUCGCGGGAAAGACCCUGCACAUCGCCUGGCUGGGGGACUCGCAGGUCAUCCUGGUGCAGCAGGGACAGGUGGUGAAGAUGAUGGAGCCACAUAAACCCGAGCGACAGAGCUGUGGCUCCCAGCGCUGCCUUAGAAACCAGCCCAGCUCCUCCUGGCUGGCAGUGCCCGCUGCCCUGCCCGCGGGAGCGCCGAGGCCCCACUCUGGCUGUCUUCCGCAGGACGAGAAGGAGCGCAUCGAAGCGCUGGGCGGCUUCGUGUCGUACAUGGACUGCUGGCGGGUCAACGGGACCCUGGCCGUCUCCAGGGCCAUCGGGGAUGUCUUCCAGAAGCCCUAUGUGUCCGGAGAGGCCGACGUGGCCUCCCGGGAGCUGACCGGCUCCGAGGACUACCUGCUGCUGGCUUGUGACGGCUUCUUUGACGUGGUCUCCCCCCAGGAGGUGGCCAGCCUGGUGCACAGCCACCUGGCCAGGCAGCAGGGCAGCGGGCUGCAUGUCGCCGAGGAGCUGGUGGCUGAGGCCAGGGAGCGGGGCUCCCGCGACAACAUCACGGUCAUGGUGGUCUUCCUCAGGGACCCCCGAGACCUGCUGGAGGGGUGAGCCCAGGGGGCCGGGGAGUCCCAGGCUGACGGGAGCAGCCAGGACGUGCCCUCUGCCCUCUCGGAGCCAGAGAACAACACCCCGUGGAGAAGCUAGGAGGCCCAGGGCCCUGGUGGUCCCCCCCUCUGACCCUUCCCCUCCGGUGCCCAAGGACCCAAUAGGCAGGGGUGGGCAGGCGGCACCACCCAAGCAGUGCUUUUCCCUGGGACCCCUGAGCCCCGUGCUGCUUGCAUCGGUCCCUCCUGAUGGCUGUGGGACCGAUUGCCUCGCGCCUUGCUCAUGACAGGCAGUGGGACGGAGGAAUCCUUGCCAAAGAGAUGAUGACCUGGGACUGGAUUGGCUCUUGAUCCCCACGGGGUGGGGGUGGGACCAGAGGCCACGGUCGCUGGCUGUGGCCGGACCAAAGACACCGCAUGUGGGGGCAGUGGCGCGCUGUGGGGGACCUAGAGCCGUGGGUAUUUGCAGACACGUCCUGGGCGCCCAGCGCAGGUUUUCUCCCUCCGUUCCUUGUAGGCCACAGCUGGGAGGGUUCAUGUCGGCACACGCACCUGGCUGCACUCAGCUGGCCGAGCUCGCUUCCCCAACGGGAGAGGGUCUAGGAUUGCUUCUGCAGUGGCUGCCUGCCCGCCUGCGUCAAGGCAGCUGGGACAUGCGGGGCCCCGGCCUCACUGGUCCCGCUCCUCCCUCGGAGGGGAAGGGGAAGCUCAGAGAUGCUGCACUUGUCUUGUGUGUUGUUGUUGUUUUCCAGAGAAAAGCCUAAUUUAGAAGCAGUAUUUCGGUUUUUCUCGCUGUUCUGUCAGUGCCAAAGUGACCUGUUGUGUCAAAUAUCCUAAGCGGAGCUUAGCAUUUAUUUUAAUCCUUAGAAACUUACGUAUUGGUUGUUGUUUUUUUUGUUUUUGUUUUUUUAGGGGAAACUUCUUUUGCAGUAUUACUGAAUUUUUUUCUUAAAUCAAGAUUGAAAUAAAAACCAUUCCAGGUAGUGUUAAUAAGCCAUUCAAGUGCCUUACACCGUUUAAGGGAAGGCUAGAUGAGUUCGAGAAGGCGUGUUUGAGUUUCCACGAGGAUUGACUUUGUUACAGAGGGUGGUUCAGUCCGGAAUUCUCCCAGAAGAGUUCUCUCUGCCUCGCCGAGGUGUGCCGCUGAGAGGCAGCAAGGUGGUUCCCAAGAGCCUGGGCUGUUCGGCGGGGCCCGGGCCGGACUCGGGGCCCGGGAGCCAGCCCGAUCCCCACCUUCCUUGGUUGUGCCACUUGGCAUCUGGCCGGACCCUAAGCUGAGGGCCUGAGCUCCGUGAGCGGGCAGGCACGCCCUUGCUGCUGUUUGGAAUGUUCCAGAAUGUCUUUCUUGUGUGUUGGUAGUUGGCUUGGUCUCAUUUGGAAACACAUUCUCGGAGGCUCUGGCAAGUCUGGUGUAGCCUGUGGGUCUGUGUGAAGGCGGCAGGCAUGUGGCUGGGAGUCUGUCCCACCCGCCCGACGGAUGCCCCUCUUCCUGCCAAGAGCUGGCAGCCUCUGCUGCCCUCACUGCCUGUGGGAGGGCUCGUCUGGCCCCCGGAGGCCCUGGGGAGGUGAAGCUCAGGUGACUUUGUUUGCUCACGUCACGUGGGCGCUACAGCUGCUGUGAGGAUGGAGGUGGCAGGGCUGGGCGAGGGCUCCAGGCAGAGGUCAGGCCUGGGGGAGACGGGUGUCCAGUGGGAGGACCUGGCUUGCAGGGUGGGCAGGGCUGCUGCAGGCAGAGGCUGGCAAGUCUGGGAAGGGCAGUGAGUUGCUUAGCUGAGGCUUCAACGGAAGGUGGCCAGGGGGCUGGGCUGUGGGAGGAAGCUUGGUGCCGGGUCCCCAAGGCCAGGAGUCCUGUAGAGGCAUUCUGAGGCCCCCCCGCCCCCACAGCUGCAGAGCCCCAGGAGGCUCUGCCUGGGGAGCCCCCUGGUCCCAGAGCACUGAGCGGAGGCCCGGGGAAGUGGCGGGGAUGAUGAGAGGAUGUUGCAGGGAGAGGCUGAUGGUCCAUCCAACAGGUAGGGAAGGAGCCAGGGGGGAUGAAGAUGUUGAGCCACAAAGUCAGCGCCUUGCUCAGGGCCUCAUGAUAAAAAGCAUCUUAAACGUGAUCGCUGCAAUUCAGAGAAUGUUUGGCAGCCAACGUGACCAUGUGUUACCCCAUUUAACUUGAUGGCCCGCUGCCUUCUGGGGGCCAGCCCGAGGCUGGCAGGCUGGAUGUGGCCCCACCCUUCCCUACCAGCCUGGCCUCCUGAGGGCAUGACCUUCAUGGAGGGAGGGAGCAAUGGGCUUGUUUUUCUCAUCUUUGCUCAUCCUACUCCGUUGAUUGCUGCCAAGAGAGGAGCUUCAUGCGUGGAGUCUGGAUUCCACACUUGGUGGCCUGAUUUGUGCCCUGAUCUGAGGCUCCACCAGGACAUUAACUCCAGGCUUGUCCUGGCACCUCUCCGAUCCGAGCCAGACUGUUGGAAUCCACCCCCUCAGCCCCAGCAGAGGCCCUGAGCCAGGCAUCGCUGUCUGUGUGGCUGUUAGUCCGGGGAGUCCUCUUACCCUGCUGCCCAGGGGCUGGCCUGUGCAAGCGCCUAGGCACAGAGCAGGUCUUUUCCAUCCUGACGGGGCUGCACUGGGAGCCACUGGGCAUCUUCAGCCACCGAGCAUCCCGGUCCACUUCCUCUUCAGGACACAGUCCCACGAGGGUCCCCGGCUGAGACACUGGUCUGAAAACCGUGGUCCCCUCUUCAAGUCCCAGCUUUGCCACUAGCUUAUUGCUUAUGCAAGCCGAGCAGGUCGUUGCAUUUCCCUGGGACUCAGUUUCCCCUUUGUAGGGCACAGGGUUGCACAGAGUCUGCAGCAGCUGCGGGAAUUGUGAUGUGGAGGUGCAGGGGGUACUUGGGUGAAUGCUGCCAGCGCCGAGGGCCCUUCCCCCAGCACCAGCAGGGAGGGGGUGAAUAAGUUCUACUAGUGUCUAUUCUUAAAAUGAAGUGGGUUGGAAAAGAAUUGAGCUACCCAUGCCAGCGCCUUAUAAGGAAUACAAAAGCUGGAGCGUUCCAGCCUUGCUUUUACAGGUAGAGCUGAUUGGGAGCCAGCAGGGGUGGGAGAGGCAAGCAGCUGAGGGGGAGGGGGGCUGGAGGAGAGGCAGGACAGUUGGGCUCCCCAGAGCGGCCGGUCAAACUCCCGACCCGCUGAAAUCCUAGGGCGACUGCCCAGCCGGUGCUCAGCAUCCAGGGCCUGGAAAUGGGGGUGUUUUAGGGAGAGAGCAACGGGGUGCUCGCUGAGGUACCCCGUCGGCUGUUGGCCGCCCCCUGCCUUUGGCCAUGGCCCUGUCUCCUGUCCUCCCCGGCCCACACGCAGCCCCUGGCCUCGCCCCCUCCCCCAGCUACCUCAGCAGUAUUCCGGGGCCAGGGCACAGUUCCGACGGCUCCUCGGCCUGGCUCCCGCGCCAGCUACACGGAAACUGGGUGGGUUUGUGCAUAAUGAGCCAUUGGGUUUGAUUCUGCCUGUAGCCCAAAGGGGCAGCUGCCUGGGGGCCUUUUCCAAGGCUCCACAACUUUGCCAAAUUCGCUGAGCUUUGCCAUUCAUGUGCUGUGCCAGCCUUGCCAAGGAUUUAUCUGUGCACAUUUGAGUGAGGUUCUGUGGCGGAGGGAGGGAUCUCUGUUUGCCCUGACCUGACUGUAGGGACAAGCCCAGGUGGGAGUCCAGAAAGGCCGUCUCCUCUCCCAGGGCUGUUGUGCUCAAGUGUCAAUAAACCACGAGUCUGAAA